GUCCCUCGAAGAGCAGCUGGUCUCCUCCUCUAUCGCAUCGCACCGCAACAAUCGUAAAAUAAACACCGACUUACACCCAACAACCACACAACACCACACAACAAAAUGGCCUCCCCAUCGAACUCUCCCCUGCCGCCCAAGCGCCUCGAGCAGAUCGCUACCGACGUGUGCAACAGCACCUUCGCCAGCGUCGAAUACUAUGAGCACCCCAAGACCGCACAAUGGAAUGAGGCCAUCAUUCAAAAAAUGCUCAAGGCGGUAAUGUCCGAAGCGACCCCCCAAGGCGCCACAACCCCGGCCUACAAGUUCGCCGUCAACAGCACCAUCGUGCAGCACGUUGUGCCCACCUCGCAACUCAACAAGGCCACCAGCACAAGUACGUCGACCGGCACCGGCCCCGAGGGCGAGUCGACCUCGUCGGAGGCUGCUCCCGCCGCCAGCAAGAAGGGACAGGCGGGCCGCCGCGGUAUGCACAGCGCGACGGCGGGCUACUGGAACGAGAAGACGGACGGCAUGUGGAGCUUCAAGUAUGAUGGCGAGGCCAAGGGGCUUGAUGUUGUCAUCAUGCUCAUCUGGAUUGCCCUCUAACGGGGUUAGGAAGAAGAGGAGGAAAUGCGUGGGUUCUGUCCCGGUCACCCCUUAUGAUGUGGUGAUUGAUGGAUGGAUGGAAGAGGCGCAUGGCGAGGGACUGGGAGCCCGGAGCCGGUAUACCAAACAAGCGACAAUAACAAUAAUUUACUCUGUAAUGAUAUCAUACCUUAUUUACAUGGUGCUGAAUGAGAGGGAUCAAGGUGAAGCGUC